AAAAUCCAACACGUUUGGGAAUCGCCAAUCGGCUCAAUGGGAAUCGGAAAUCGACAUCGUCCGCGAACGGUACAUCAAAUUGACAAAUCGACAAAUGACAGUUUGUUUAUAUUUUGAUGGUUAUGAAUUUUGAUUUUGAUUGUUAUUUGAUUGUCAUUGUUAUUAUUCUGAUUGCAUUUGAGCAAAUAGAAGUAAUUAUGUUUUUCUGGCACUAAGGCAGUGGCAGUGAGCAUAGAAUGUAGAAUGCAGUGAGUCAGUUGCAAAGUUUUGGUUUGGGUGUUAUAUCCUAUCAAUAAUUAAAGAUGGAGCGGCUUCCAGUAGAGUUGAUUGAGAAAAUAUCAGUAGACGAUGGGUUGAGUAUCCAAGAUGCCAUUAACUUAUCAUUAACUUGUAGAAGGCUUCAGGACGCAAUCCGAAGCAACAAUGGUAUUUGGAAUAUCAAGUUUUAUCAGUUGAAUCCUCUGCUAAAAAAUAAACUAGAAGUCCCUCAAGAAUCCUACUAUGAUGAACUAAAGCAUUUAUAUAAAGUAAAGAAGCGAAUAAUGAUAAUGCUAGAAGACAUGUCUGAAAAAUUCUAUACAGUUCAAGAAUUAUCACAUGACGAUUUAAAGGAAUGGGAGGAUUUUGUUCAAGAAUACUGUAAUAAUUACUUUUAUAUUGUCCAAGAUUUAUUGGAAAUGUCAGAUGGGAAAUUUAAUCCUAUUGAGAGUGCAGGAAUGAUUCCUUUUAAUACGCCAGGACACUUAACUCAAAAAUACUAUGCCCUCAAAGUGUUAAGAGGAAUCCGUCAGACUUACUUGUCAAAAAUGUGGCGUCAAUACAUCGCAAAACCACCUGAACAAUGCUUUUUAGAAGAGGGGGCUACCAUCAUGGCUGAAUGGUUCCAGUGCAAAAGAGACAGUGAUUUUGAGGAAAUUUCUUGGUGUUUGGAUGAUAUUGCUGACAUGGUGAAAAAACAGGUUCAAAUAACUUAUCCUAAUUCUCCAUUGUCACAGGUAUGCAGUGAACAAUUGAAUGCUUGGAGAACGAGUAAGAUACCGGACAAUGAUAAUUGGAAUUUUAAUGACUUAUGUGAUGUUUUAAAAACAAUUGGACAGGUUUUAUUUCAUCGUCUCAAUUUUCAAAUAAGUGACCAGUACGAGGACUUUAAUUGUGGUGACUUUUUUCUGAAUAUAGCCCUACAAACAAAACGGGCAACAUUACCGUUGUUGGCGAUUAUUUAUGAUGCAGUGGCUAGAAGAUUGGGAAUCAGAUGCGAAAUUUCUAUGUGUUCGCCUCUUUGCUUUCUAUGGUUUUGUAUGAUUGAUGAACCAGUAGUCUAUUACUACAUCGAUUUGUCCGCUGAAGGCAAAAUCUCAAGGAACGCCAAAUGUCAUAUUCAAAUCCAUAACACACGAGAAGCAAACCAUCCACCUACUCCUGCUACUAACAUCAUCAUCUUCUUGGUUUCCCACUUUCGCCAAUUGGUUGUUGACUAUGUUACAUUAAGAUCAACUUUGGAGUUUCAACAAGUUAUAGAUCCAAAUGAUCACAGAAUCCGAAAUAAUCUCGCAGCUCUCUAUUUGCGGCUUAAUAUUUCUGCUGUGGAUUUGCAAAAUGGAGAUUCUAGAUUAGUAGUUUUUUGUGAGCGCCCAAAUUUCAGGACACAUUGCCCGACAGAUAUAUACCAUACAUUAUUAGAACCUGUUAAACGUCCAGAGUACGUACAAUUUGCCGUGGGUAUGGUUAUGAAGCACAAAAAGUUCUCUUAUAGAUGUGUGAUCUUUAAUUGGGAUAAAGAAUGCGUAGCUUCACCAACAUGGAUAUCUCAGAAUCAAAUUGCAGAUUUAAAAUAUGGCACCAAGCAACCAUUUUAUAACGUUAUAGGCGAGGAUUAUUCGCAUCGAUAUGUUGCCCAAGAAAAUCUUAUGCUGUGCAAAGACACCAACAUGCCACAGGAUAAUGGUGUUCUUGGAAGAUAUUUUUCGCAUUUCCACAACACUUACUUUGUGCCCAAUAGGGUGACUGAAAAACUCUUCCCCCAUGACGGAGCAAUCCGUAGAAAAUUUGAAAAUGAGCUUAUUUGGCAAUCUGGUUUGUGAUUUCUGGAGAUAGCAACUAAUAUUCUUAUGUUCUAAUUUUAUUUUUGUUUUCAAUAGAUUUAUGUAUUCCAUACAUUUUUUUAAAUUCUUUGUAUUAGAUUUUUCUUUCUUCUAAACUAAAUAUUAAUUUAUUGGUUUGGAAAAUAAAUCUGAGUUGGGACUCUGUAACGAAUAGAGAUAUUUUCUCUAUCAUGUUGACAGCCAGCUCAAAUUUUCCACGCAUGUCAACAACCUUAACAAUAAACUGGCUAGCGGAUGCUAUGCCAUACGAACUGUAUACAACAAGCUUGGCCAUAAUUCUGCCAAAAUGGUAUAUUUCUCUUUAGUAGAAUCUCACAUCCGGUAUGGCAUAGCCUUCUGGGGAUUUUGCUCGCAGACACUUUUUGAUUCGGUGUAUUGUACAAAAAAGGGCAAUAAGAUUUCUGUGUGGAAGGGGAUAUCGAGAUCAUUGCAGACCACUAUUCUUAAGACAUGAAAUUUUGACAGUUUACUGCAUUUUUAUCCUAGAAGCAAUUUUAAUGCACAAAAAAUUUUACGACCAAAUAGAUCUCUCAAGAACCUACGAAACUAGACAGAAACUAAAAAUUUCGUUGCCGAUCCCGAGGUCUUCUUUGACACAGAACUCAGUAAUUUAUAAAAGUAAAAAAAAUAUUUAAUCAUUUACCUGUUCACCUAAGAGAAAGAAAAGAACUAAGAAGGUUUAAAACCGCUUUGAAAAGUUUUUUGUGUAAAAAUAGCAUAUUAUAGUUUGCAAGAAUUUUUUGAUGAUAAUAGUUUAGGAUAACAUAGUUUGUAUUUUUUGUAUAAAAAUUUUACUAUAAAUAAAUAUUAGGAGAUGCUGUUGACCAAAAAUUUUAUUUUAUGUUUUGUUUUUUUAGCUUGGAUAUUUUUAAUUUUAUGUAUUUAUUUUGACUGUUGUAAUUACGUUAUUUAGUCACUUGUUUAAAUGUUUUAUGGUGCAUUUACAUUCACUUCAAAGUCCAAUUUGCCUUAAAAUCAAUGUGCUUGUCAUAUGGCGACAGUACAGAUCCAUUUACAUUGAAAUAAAUUUGAAGUUCACUUUAAAUUUGGGCGAGCUGCUUGCCGAAGGCAAGCAGAAAUUUGUGAAAAUGUCAAAUUUUAAGAUUAUCCGUCUGAUUCUCAUAAAAUUCUGACGUUUUGACUUGACGUUUUUGUUCUGCAAUGUAAAUGAUAAAAUAUCAAGCGUCAAAUUUAACUUGAAGUUAGAAGUGAAUGUAAAUGCUCCUUUACUCUAGUAUUUAGGAACUAAAGCUUUGUCAAUGGAAAAUUAUUUUCGUUUUUCGGACAAUAAAGUAUAUUUUGAUUUGA